AAGUAAUGCCAUGCUCAAACAAAGAAGAGUCGUGAUAACUAACCGCUACUUUCCUUACAUCCUGCCCAACGUAUGACUUUGGCUAUUUAAUCAUGCUGCUUUUAUUGGGACGAAUCCAUUAAAUUAUCAGCAAUCAUCUUCCUUGUUUCAGAUACUGUUCAGCUCCAACAUGGCCUCCAUUGAUGUUCUUUCAAAUCCACUCAAAUUCUCAGCUUUAGUUCUAAUCCUAUCUAUAUUCAUAGUCCAACUCUUCCUUCGAAAAUUGAACAAAAAGCAGAAAAAAUACAAGUACCAUCCAGUUGCAGGCACGGUGUUUACCCAACUUCUCCACUUCAACAGGGUGCAUCAUUACAUGACUAAUCUUGCUGGGAAAUAUAAGACUUACAGGCUGCGCGCCCCUUUCAGAAGUGAGAUUUACACUGUUGACCCUGUAAAUGUUGAGUACAUACUCAAAACCAACUUUGAAAAUUAUGGCAAGGGGGACCAUAAUUACGACAAUUUAAGUGGGUUACUAGGUGAUGGAAUUUUCACUGUUGAUGGUCACAAAUGGCGCCAACAAAGAAAGGUUUCGAGCUAUGAGUUCUCCACAAAGGUCUUGAGGGACUUCAGCAGUGUGAUCUUCAGGAAGAAUGUGGCAAAACUUGCUAAUAUAGUGUCUGAAGCUGCAAAAUCUAACCAGUCAAUGGACAUACAGGAUCUGUUUAUGAAAUCAACCUUAGAUUCGAUAUUCAAAGUUGGAUUUGGGGUUGAGCUAGACAGCAUGUGUGGAUCAAAUGAAGAAGGUGUCAAAUUUACCAGUGCUUUUGAUGAUGCAAGUGCAUUGACCCUUUGGCGAUAUGUUGACGUGUUCUGGAAAAUCAAGAGGUUUUUGAAUAUUGGAUCGGAAGCUGCAUUGAAGAAAAACGUCAAAGUGGUUAAUGAUUUUGUGUAUAAACUAAUCAAUAAAAAAAUUGAGCUAAUGCGUAACUCAAAAGAAGUUUCUUCUUUAAAGAAAGAUGACAUUUUAUCAAGGUUCCUGCAAGUGACUGAGAAUGAUCCAACAUACUUACGGGACAUAAUUCUCAAUUUUGUGAUUGCUGGAAAAGACACAACAGCAACUGCUCUAUCAUGGUUCAUCUACAUGUUGUGCAAGCAUCCAGCUGUGCAGAAUAAGAUUGCACAAGAAGUAAGAGAAGCAACUAAAGUGAAAGAGAAUACAGACUUUGCAGAAUUUGCAGCCAGUAUUAAUGAAGAAGCUCUAGAAAAGAUGAAUUAUCUCCAUGCAGCAAUUUCUGAAACUCUUAGACUGUAUCCAUCUGUGCCUGUGGAUGGGAAGAUUUGCUUUUCUGAUGACACUCUACCAGAUGGCUUUAACGUGAGUAAGGGAGAUAUGGUGGCUUACCAGCCUUAUGCAAUGGGCAGGAUGAAGUUCAUAUGGGGCGAUGAUGCUGAGGAAUACAAACCUGAAAGAUGGCUCAAGGAUGGCGUAUUUCAGCAAGAAAGCCCUUUCAAGUUUACAGCUUUCCAGGCAGGGCCACGGAUAUGUCUUGGGAAGGAAUUUGCUUAUAGGCAGAUGAAGAUCUUUGCGGCUGUCUUGGUGGCCAAUUUCACUUUUAAACUCGCCGAUGAAAAGAAACCGGUCAAUUACAGGACGAUGAUUAAUCUUCAUGUUGAUGGAGGCCUCCAUGUUUUUGCCCUCCACAGAAACAGUACUUAGCUUUGUAGAUUAAUCUUCGUAUUGAUGGAUGCCUCCGUGUUUUUGCCUGCCACCGAAACAGUACUUGGCUCUGUAUAUCUGUAAUGGUAUUGCAUCAAUAACAUGGGCGUAAGGCCCAUGGAUGGUUAUCGCUAUCAAUGGUUUGGGUUUUUAUUAUAUUAAAACUUAUUCUUUAAUAUUAA